UGACCUUUACCCCGCCCACUGGGUUGACGUACGUAUUUCAUGUUUGCAGCAUGGCUUCAUCUGCUAAGAGGAAGGCAGUAGGUUUGGGUGAAAAUCCAAAGGAAAGUGAAAACAGCUCCGAUGAGAAUCCGGAGGAGGAUGACUAUUCCGAGGAGGAGGAUAGCGAAGCAUCAGAAGAGGAGAUCAACGAGGAGGUCAUUGUGGAUUUUGAAGCCCAUACCAUUUCAGACAGUGACUUCAAUGGCAUCAAGAAACUCUUACAACAGCUCUUUCUGAAGGCACAUGUAAAUACAUCAGAGAUGACAGACAUCAUCAUUCAACAGAAUCAUAUUGGAAGUGUCAUCAGGCAAGCUGAGGUACCAGAGGACAGUGAUGAUGAUGACCCAGAUGAAGUGUUUGGCUUCAUAACGAUGCUCAGUCUUACAGAGAGAAAGGGUGUACAGUGUGUAGAGCAGGUGAAGGAAUUGAUCAUGGAUCAGUGUGAGAAGAAUUCCUCCCAUAGCAUGAGUGAACAGCUAGAGCAGAUCCUCAAUGACACCACUAAGCCUGUGGGGCUACUGCUGAGUGAGCGCUUCAUCAACGUACCUCCACAGAUUGCCCUUCCACUGCACAAACAGCUCCAAGACGAAAUCGGCGAAGCUCAGAGGACCAAUAAGCCCAGUGGGAAGUGUCACUAUUGUUUGAUGAUCAGCAAGACGUGCAAAGAAGCAACAGUGAGUCAGCCAGCCAGAGGAGGAGCCCCCAAAGAGGAGUACAUGUUCAUCAACGCAGAGGAGGAAUUUUUCUAUGAGAAGGCCAUAUUGAAGUUCCACUACUCAGUCCAGGAAGAGGCAGACUCCUGUUUGAGUGGCAGGUGGUCGUUUCAGGAUGUACCCAUGAAGCCUUUCAGGACAGUGAUGCUGAUACCAGCAGACAGGAUGCCAGCCAUCAUGGACAAACUCAAAGAAUACCUAUCUGUGUGAACCUCACAAUAAACAAAGACAUAUUUACUUAAGCAUAAGCAUAAACUUAAGCAUAAACUUUAUUGCCAAGUAUUUCAAGAAUACAAGGAAUUUGACUCCA